GAAUACUCCAAAAUUACAACAGACAACAACAACGGUUCAAGUCAACGUUGAUUGGAAAUUGAAAUGUUUACUAUCCAAUUUUAUGAAAGUCGAUUUGAAUACGAUAAAUGGAUAAAUAAAUAAGUCUUCAAAAAGUUACUUAUUUUAAUAUUGUGUCUGCAGUAUUCAGUCGGACCAAACUAGCUUAAAUAAAUUAUAAGAUACCUAUUAUACUUAAAUUCACACAAUAAAAACUCAACGAAAUACAAAACCACAACGUCGCUCAUUUCCAAUUUUUAUUAUGAAUAAAAUAUGUAGGAUAUGUUUAGAAGAAGGUGUACUAUCUUCAGUUUUUACAAAGAACUACAAUAUAUCAUUAUGUGACAUGAUAGAAUAUUGCUGUAACAUAAAGAUUAGUAAAGAUGAUGGAUUACCUGAACAAAUGUGUAGUAACUGUAUCUACAAAUUAGGAAUAGCUUAUCAUUUCAAACAAACCUGUGAGAGUGCUGAUAUAAGACUGAGACAAUACUUAGGAUUGAGAAUUCCAAGCAAGUAUAAUGAUGCCUGCAUAGCCACUGAUCCUAUUGCACCUACACAUGCAACAAUAAUAAAGAAAUGCAAAUGUAAACAGCCAGAGCCAAAACGGAAUACAAAUUAUAAAAAGAAACCAGAAUCAGAGAAAAGGAAGCGAGGCCCAAAGCCAAAGCCUAAACAGAACCACACCUGUUACCAGUGUGACAAACAAUUUAGAUGUCAGGCACAAUUAGAAAUGCAUGUGAGAACACAUACAGGUGACAAACCAUUUGUUUGUAUGUACUGCCCAAGGCAAUUUACUCAGAAGCACAACCUUACUAUACAUUUGCGAAUACAUACUGGAGAAAAACCUUUUCAGUGUGAAGUCUGCAGCAAAAGGUUUUCAGCUCAAGGAAAUCUCCAUGCUCAUCUCAAAAUUCACACAGGCCAAAGAGAUCAUGUCUGCUCAUUAUGUAACAAAUCAUUUAUAACUUCAAGCGAAUUAACACGCCAUAUGAGUAAGCAUAGAGGAAUAAAGAAUUUCAAAUGUGAUUUAUGUGGAGCUGCGUAUGUACACUCUAGGGACCUAAAACUACAUAAACUAAAAAAACAUCAGAUAGUUGCUCAGAACCCAAAGGAUCAAAAUGAAGGAUUUAACAACAGUAGUAAUAUAGAUAUUAUUGGUAUAGAUGUUGGGAAGGAUCCCCCAAUGCCUAUGAAAGAUGUAAAUCAUCUUAUACCACAUAUCAUUGGUGAGAAACCACAACAUAGCCUCCCAGUCAUUACGGAAAGUAGUUCUAUGAUGCCAUAUGAACAGAAACAUGUGAAAGACAUGUUCCACCAGUAUUCAAGUAAGGUAUUUGAGGUACACAACUGUGCCAUCUGUGGAGAAGGGUUUGACUAUGUGACAGCUUUAGCACAGCAUUAUGUGCUUAGACAUAAAGACCAUGAAAGUCUCCAAUCUAAAGGGUACGGAUUGCAGCAAUAACUUGUAUUUGAUAGCAGUAAUGUAACAAAAGAUUGUAAGGGAAGAAAGAAAGAACUGCUAAGUUGAACCACAGUAGGAUUUGUUUUAUUUAUUGAAUUUUACAACAUCAAUGCUAAUGUUCCUACAGUACAAUAUUACUGUAAAACAAUGUUUCUCAGGCAUAAAUUAUUUAUUAAAACAAA